AGCGAGCUGGCGAAGGAGAUAGACAGAGUGAGUGUGGGUAAGGACAUCUCGUAGAAAGGUGACAGAGGGCAAUGGAAAAGUGAGCCUAAGAGAGGAAGUCAGAGCUGCAAGAGAUCUCUGACAACAAGGAAAGCCGAGAGAAGUGUGACGGGAAGGUUGAACGUUGUUGAAAACGGCGAGAAGACACGUGAGGGCGGAGAGCGGCGCGCCUAGCGAAGAACUGCCGGCUCGGCUCUACGUCACAGAACUCCGACAGAGCAAUGGAUAAAGGCUAAACGAAGGACCUGGAAGCAUUUUCCCCUCAGCGAGCACAGUCUUGCCACUGGUAGACAGGAGAGAAGCAAGAAAAAUGGUUUGAAGGGUCUUCUGCUAACUCCCACUUAAGCAGCUGGGAAAAACAAUGGAAGGGGUUUGGAUUAACCGGUACCGGAAGCAGUUGGUUCGCUCCAUUCCUGGACCUUUUCUAGAGAACAUUGUAAGCCAUAUGAGGAAACUUGAUGUGAUUAGCUGUGCCGAGGCCUUGCGCAUCCAGGAGAUGAGUCUACUUUCUGAUAAGGUGCGCGCUGUUAUUGACAUCCUUUCAGGGAAAGGUGCUCUCGGCUCCGAGUCCCUUCAGACCUUCAUUGAGACCACCAACUCUCAGCUUUACCUUCUCAUCACCGUAUAUGAUCCAUUAGUCCAGAAACAUGUGGAACUACUCCAAAACAGAUACGGCACAUGGGGUGAACAUGGCCUGGUGCCAGGGAAGCCAUUUGUAGACCGAUUUAACAAGCUUAUGAUAGUUGAUGGCCUUUCUGACCUUCAGCAGAAAGAACAUGAUGUUAUGCAGAUUGAGGCCACGAAAGGGACGGGGAGACUCCAUGCACGACAAAUUUCCCUGGAAAAGCUGCUCCUUCCCCUGACCAGGGUGAGCAUGCCUCCUCGCAUACUGCUGACUGUUGGAGUGUGUGGAAUUGGAAAGAGCACUUUAGUCCGACUUUUCCUCCACCAGUGGGCCAAAGGUGAGAUUUAUCAGGAUGUGAACUUUGUUCUUCCCUUCAGUUUCUGGGAACUCAACAAUUAUGAAAAGCUGUCUGCCGAGAGGCUAGUUAAGCUGGCCUUCCCUCACAUCGUUGAGCCUUCCCAGCUAUUUGGGGGCUCCACACGGAUCCUUAUUAUUUUUGAUGGUUUGGAUGAAUUUAAGCUACCCCUGGAUUUUUCAAAUACUUUGGCUUGCACAGACCCAAAGAAGGAAGUCCCUAUUGACACUCUCAUCACUAAUAUAAUUCGUGGCAAUUUGUUUAGUGAAGCAGCUGUCUGGCUGACAUCGCGGCCCAGUGUGGCAACACAAAUUCCUGCAGGCCUUGUGGACAGGAUGACUGAAAUCAGGGGCUUCACUAAAGAGGAGAUGAGAAAUUACUUGUCUUCCCUCUUACUGGAUACAGAGUUGACCUCCCAGGUGUGGUCUCACCUUAAGUCCAGUAAAAUAUUUGCUGUCAUGUGCUACAUCCCUUGCAUCUGUUGGAUUGUGGGCUCCACUGUUGGUUACCUCAUCAGAAUGGGUUCUCAGGAUGUUACUAGUUUGCCCAAAACAUGGACUGAGCUGUAUUCUUACUUUUUUAAGAUGGUCCUUGAAGGUGAAUGGCAAGGAAAGGACAAAGAGCCAUUGAAAAUAGAGCAGAUGUUUAGUAAUAGUCGCAAACUGUUUGGCAAUCUUGGUAGGCUGGCCUUCUAUGGACUUAUCAAGAGAAGAUAUACCUUCUAUGAACAAGACAUGAAAACAUAUGGCAUCGAUCUGCCAUCCCUUCAGGGCAGCUUGUGCAGUCGUAUCCUGGUCAAGGAGGAGUCUUCAAUCUGCACUGUUUAUUAUUUUGCUCACCUUACUCUGCAGGAAUAUUUUGCAGCAACUUACUACCACACGGCAGCCAGACGAGCCAUAUUUGACCUCUUUACAGAAAGUGGCAUGUCGUGGCCGAAGAUUGGCUUCCAUAACCACUUUAAGAAUGCCCUGCAGAGAUCACAGCUGUCAGAAGAUGGUCAGCUGGAUGUCUUUGUACGGUUCCUAUCAGGUCUCCUCUCGAUGCAGGGUGUCAAGCCCCUCUCAGGAUUGCUUUUGCUUGCUAAGGAUGAGGACAGUGGAUACCGAAGCUCUGCAGUUUCACUUUUACAGAGCUGCCUCAACACUGGUUGCACCAUUUCUCUGCGUGCAGUCAAUGUGGUUCACUGCUUGCAGGAGCUGCAGCAUACUGAGCAAAUGCGUGUUGUUGAGGAAGCACUUCGCAGUGGCAGUCUGGCGGGGAAACUUAAUCUGGUUAACUGCUCUGUGCUCGCCUACCUGCUUCAGGUCUCUGAGGAGUGUGUGGAAGAGACAAACUUGUCAAACUGUCUCAGCUACGGAAUUGUCAAGAGCCUGCUGCCCCAGCUCCUCUACUGCAACAGCCUUAGGCUUGAGAAUAACAGUUUUAAGGAUGAUGUCAUGGAUUUGUUGGGUAGUCUGCUGAGUGCCAAGGACUGCCACAUUCAAAAACUCAGCCUGGCUGAGAAUGCAAUUAGCAGCAAGGGAGCCAAAGCCCUGGGAAGGUCACUGAUGGUGAACCGGAGCCUCACUGAUUUGGAUCUGAGAAGUAACCAUAUUGGACCCAAAGGAGUGAAAUCUCUGGCAGAGGCUGUUAAGAUAAACCAAGGACUUGUGUCUCUAAACUUGCAGAACAACUAUAUCGGAGAAGAGGGUGCAAAGGCGGCAGCAGAAGUUCUGCAGUCCAAUCGCAAGUUGACGUCUCUUCACUUACAGAAGAACUCUAUUGGUGCAGAGGGAGUGAAAAGGAUUGCUGAAGCCUUAAAGACCAACAGAAGCCUGAAAGAUCUCAUGCUUUCCGGAAACCAGCUGGGAGAUAAGGGGACUGUGGCAUUAGCAAAGGCACUGAAGGAAAACAACAGCGUUGCCAAUCUUGACCUCCAAAGCAACUCCAUCAGCAAUAAGGGAGUAAGCGCACUCACAGAAGCUCUUCGGCACAACACGUGUCUAGUUGACUUGAACCUUCGAGAAAAUUCCAUAGGGGUUGAGGGUGCCAAAGAGAUUGCAAAUGCACUGCGAGAAAACAAGUCACUGAAGAAUCUUGAUUUAACUGCCAAUCUUCUGCAUGAUGAAGGAGCGAAGGCACUUGCAGAGGCGGUGAAAGUGAACCAGACCCUCGUUUCCUUGCACCUUCAAUGGAACUUCAUCAAGGCAAGGGCUGCCCAGGCCUUGGCUCAGGCUCUUCAGCUCAACAGCAAACUCCAGUGUAUUGAGUACGUAGUUUACUGAGAACAGCGGGUUGCG